AUGGGCCGCUUUCAUUGGAUUCAAGGACAUACGAAACAGAACGGCGACAAGUUGCAUUCUAUUGCCCAUGAUUGGCUCUCCAAAGACAGUGUCGAACCAUCACGACAAGCCUUGACAGAGGUGAUGAAAGAGCACAGUGGCGUCGGGGCGUCGCCUAACGAUGGUUUUCCCAGAUACCAGGGAAGGUCUCGCACCAACACUGUGACUUCUGCCGGGUCUCAAUACACUCGAUCGAUAUCUGAUGGCUCUAAUCAUGAAUAUACCUCCAGACCAUCAUCCAGACAAAGUUAUACCGAGGGCAACCUGCCACUGUCUGAUCGUUAUGAGAACAAUGCCAAAGGAUUUCUGUCGCGGAGCACUCGAAUACUGAAACGACAAGGCAGUAAGCUCAACUUGCUGUCCUCGCCUGUGGAGGAUACGUCGCCCGAACGUGGAGGGAAACGGGUGGGAGAGGUUUCCCCUGUCAAGUCGCUGCAACGACAAUUCACCAAUGGCUCAAAGCGCACUGGCAUGAAACGUAGCAUAUCUGGUCCUUUCGCUUUCCAACAUCUGAGUCAUGGAGAGCAAGCUCAUUUUCAAAACAUUGAUACUGUUGCCAAGUCACACUUGACUUCUGAAUACCAAGCCAUCCAAGCAGGCCAGCUGCCCGAGGACCAUGUGCGCGGAAUCCCCAUCACUGAACUCCCUACGACCAAGGUCGACCGAUCGGUUCAGCCAGGUUUUGACGAGCCAACGUCACCAACAACCGCUGCUAUUCCGUACCUUCCUACCACACCGCCUCGGCCUGAGCCUCCCCCAAAGGAGAAUCUCUUGUUGCCUUAUAGCCCCUCUGAUGUUAGAAUGUCACGAUCGAUGGAAAAUUUCUCCCGCCCUACCAGAUUAUCCGUCACAUCGGCUGAUGUAUCUCCAUCUUCCCAGCUGUCCCAGAGAAUGUCAGCGCUGAGCCCUAUCAGCCGCCAAAGCGUGCUCGGAAAGCCACUUCCCAUCCUACCUGACGUCGUUCAUGCUGUGUCCACGAGAGAUGACAUAGCUUUGCCACUCCGCACUGCGCCCCUCCCGAACCCUCCAACCUCGAGGAUGGAGGCUGUUUUGGAGGAAGACAAAGUGCAGUUGCCGGAGAUUUCAACAAGCCUCUCCUGCAAUGACUUGACUUCUCUAACAAGACGAUACAAGAGGCGGAGUCAAUCAUCAGGCGAGCUACAACUCCAAGCCUCGUACUAUAAUAUCACAUCGACAAUGACAAAUGUGGAGGCAACCUUGGAUGAACCUGUGGAACAUCUUAGCGAUCAAUCAUCGACAGCUAAGUUGAACCUCACGACUGAUCUUGUCCAGCUUCAAGAUUGGGAAGAUGCCAUUGACUAUUCUUGGGAUGUCGCCUCCGAUAAGGAUGCCUCCGAUGAGGAUAAGAGUGACUCGGAUGCAACACUGGAGAGACCUCAGAAUAGUGACAUCCCAGCAGAGAACUAUAUGGUCGUCGAACAAUCCGCCAUUGUCGAGCCUUCCUCAUCUGCCUCCACUCCUCUCAUGAUGCAGCUGCCAAGGACGACAUAUCGACCAGUGGUACAAUACCCGGGGGAGGGCAGGUCACCUGUCCAAGAUGAAGAACCGGGCUCGCCACUUUUAGGCCUGGGCCUUGGUUCUCUGCACCCAGCACCAAAUGGUUCGGUCGCAAACGCGGAAUCGACCGCCAUUCCACAGCAUUGUGAUUUUCAAAAUCCACCUCGAAUUGAAAGACCUCACAUUCUACCAAGCCCGUUCUCUUCAAUCAGCAAAUCAAGCUCUCAAGAGAGCAUCAUUUUUUCGAUAGCAUCCUCCAUCGCUGGAACCCAAAGGUCUUCCCAUUCCAGCACCUCUCUCUCUGACUUUGCACAUUUGGCGAAUUUCUGCGAAUCAAAAGAAAGUCUCAGACUCGACCUACAAGAUGUCUCGAACUAUUCUGAACAUUACAAUCGGGAUGGAAGCAAGGAGACUAUACAUGAGGACGAUGAGAGUGACCAAGCCAAAGUGAAAGGAGCAGAAUGCGACUUGCCUAAUACGCCGACCACUUCAUCAGCACCCAGACAUGAUCGUGGCGCAUCAGCACCCUCCAUUCCAAUUCCCGAGAGGAAGUCCUCAGUGCCUACAGGCGACUCCCCUAAACCGAAUGGACGCAGACGAGCUGGCACGACGAAUUCUAGGCCUCGUCGCAACACUCGCGUCUCUUAUUCUCUAUUUCCAAACACACCUACGCCAUAA